AGAGUUCACGUGGACCGGAUGUUAGGCUGCGGUAGUUGUGUUUCUCGCCGAUGGCACUACGCGCUCCUGUUGAUUGGCGAACAUAGGAGGCGCACUGGGCUCCGAAUGGUUGUGGCGCGCAUCGCGCUCGUUACCGAUUGGUUCCCCGCCUCAGCGGCACCUGAGUCCGCUAAGAGACGGUGUCAGAUGUGAAGAGCUGCUCCUGUCUCACGUCGGGAGCUCGGGAUUAAAAGGUGUGGAAAUAAACGUUGUACUUCGUGGUCCGAGUGGGGCAGCUGGACGGGUUCCCGCAGAACGAAACCAGCAGCCGCUUUUUUUUUUUUUUUUUUUGCGCCGGCUACUGGGGUUGAGAGCGAAGGAUGCUAAAAAUGGAGAGAAGUAAAUAGAGGGUUAGCGGCGCGGCUAACGGACACGAGUAGCGGGGAAAACGGGGCGCGGGAGUGAGUCGCGCGGCAGCCGCUGGGCUCCGGAGCAGCGAACAACAGGCAGGCAGACAAACACAGACAGAGCACCACGAACUAACACGAUAUAUAUAGUAACACACAGUGAGUGACAGUAAUAUACACUAACAAAUACACACUGUAACGCACUGUAGUGUAUGCAACGUUGCAACAACUAGUUACUAGUACUAGUAUUAACACACACAGCAGUGAGUCUUGUUGUUUCAGCCGAAAUUCAGGCGACGUUCAGACUUCAGUUCACCGGCGUCGUUCAUCUAAGAUCUGCUGACACAGGAGUGAGUCAUUUACUGGUGCCGCACACGCUGUCUUACACGGGUCAGAGGUGAGCAUGAAACGCUGCAAAUCGGAUGACUUCGGUGCGCCGGAGGACGGCGGCAGCCCGACGUUGUGCAGCGCGGGGAAGGACGACACGCCGAGCGUGUUCGUCGUGGAGGUGAAGCCCAGCGACAACCCCGAGAUGAACUCUUCCAUCCAGAAUCCACACGCUCCAGGUCCCAGGAACAAACCGCCCGAUUUAAAGAAAAUCCAGCAGCUGUCCGAGGGCUCCAUGUUCGGUCAUGGGCUGAAGCACCUGUUCCACAGUCGCCGGCGUUCACGGGAGCGGGAAGCUCCGAGCCCCCAGGAGCCAGGGGCAGGGCUGGGUGCCGGGCUAGCGGCGGGGGCCACGUACUCGGACCACGACUCCGCGGACGAGAAGGAGCGCUCUCCAGAGAUGCACAGAGUGUCCUAUGCUGUGUCACUGCACGACCUGCCCGCUCGGCCGACAGCGUUCAACCGCGUGCUGCAGCAGAUCCGCGCGCGCCCUCCCAUCCGCCGAGGCGCCAGCCUGCAUGCCAGCGGUCGCCGCACUAAGAGCAACCCGGCUUCAGAGGCCCCCCGCGGGGGCAGUCCCCACCUAGCUCGUCGCACUGCACAGGAUGGGCCCUCUGGGCUGAUGCCCCACCACAGUCGCCCACGUUCCUCCUCGACCACCGACGCCGCCCUGCUGGCCAGCGAAGUGCCACUGCACCUGGGCCCUGAAGAGUCUGAGCGUCCAGGCGAAAGGGUGGACAAAGGCGAGUGGAGCUUGGGCCUCCCUGCUCCCGCCAGUCACGGUGGCUCGGAUGGCAGCCUGGGCACAGAUACUCCCGAGGCAGGCGACCCCCAGCGCACGCGCGCUGCCGUGCAGCAUCUGCAGCAGAAGGUGCUCAAGGUGACGGAGCAGAUCCGCGUGGAGCAGGAGGCGCGAGACGGCCAUGUGGCCGAGUACCUGAAGCUGGCCCACAACGCCGACAAGCAGCAGGCUGCACGCAUCAAGCAGGUGUUUGAGAAGAAGAACCAGAAGUCAGCACAGACCAUCGCUCACCUGCACAAGAAGCUGGAGCACUACCACAAGAAGCUGAAGGAGAUUGAGCAGAACGGCCCAACUCGGCAGCCCAAGGAUGUGCUCAGGGACAUGCAGCAGGGUCUGAAGGAUGUGGGUGCCAACGUGCGAGCGGGCAUCAGUGGCUUUGGGGGUGGGGUGGUGGAGGGCGUCAAGGGGGGUGUGUCCGCCCUGUCCCACACAGCUGUGGUCUCCAAGCCACGCGAGUUUGCCAGCCUCAUCCGGAACAAAUUUGGCAGCGCGGACAACAUCGCGCAGCUGAAGGACACGCUGGAUGACUCACGGGCCGAGGAUGCCCCACGCCCCCUCAGUGGCAGCGCCACACUGGUGUCCAGCCCAAAGUAUGGCAGCGAGGAUGACUGUUCGAGCGCCACGUCGGGCUCGGCUGCCGGCAGCCCUGCUGGGCCGGCCAUGGGAAGCCCGAGAGCGCACGUGAUGGACAGCUCCUGGGACACUCUGCUGGAGGAGCUGCGGGACAUCAAGGCUGGGCAGGAGCAUCUGGAAGACGCCAUGGAGGACAUGAAGACCCAGCUGCAGAGGGACUACUCCUACAUGACACAAUGGCUGCAGGAGGAGCGCUACAGGUAUGAACGUCUGGAAGAACAGCUGAACGACUUGACGGAGCUGCACCAGAACGAGAUGAGCAAUCUGAAGCAGGAGCUGGCUAGCAUGGAGGAGAAGGUGGCGUAUCAGUCCUACGAGCGUGCCAGAGAUGUGCAGGAGGCAGUGGAGUCGUGUCUUACCCGGAUCACGAAGCUUGAGCUCCAGCAGCAGCAGCAGCAGGUGGUACAGCUGGAGGGAGUGGAGAAUGGAGGAGCUCGCGCCCUGCUGGGCAAACUCAUUAACGUGAUUCUGGCCCUCAUGGCCGUGCUGCUUGUGUUCGUGUCCACUAUGGCGAGCUUCAUCACGCCGCUCAUGAAGAGCCGCGAGCGUGUGGCGGCCAGCGUGCUGCUGGCGCUGCUGCUUGUCUCACUCUGGAAGCACUGGGACGUCGUGCAGCUGUGGCUCUGGGCCAACUGAGAACACGAGUGGCAAGGUAGACCUAGACGAGAACGUCAGGACAGGCUUCUCACGUGUAGAACUGAGCUAAACAUGUGCAAUAAUUUACGGCGUGUUCGGUCCCUCAGUCAGCGAACGUGGGUCAGGGUCAUCAGCAUGCGCUAUUUAAGUUAACGAGUGAUGGGAAGGCAGAAGAGACGGACAGCAGCAGCGGGAGGGAACCCACAAGAGGAAGAGCGCUGUCUUGGACUUGAACAGAAGUGUGUGCGGCUUGUCGAUGCUUCGAUGCUUCGAUCAUCUCCCAGGUUGCAGCUCGCUGAUGCCAACUGCUCCUCUGCCCACCUGUAUUUAUUGUAUUUAUUUUACUUAUUUAUUUAUUUUUUUAAUGCAGUGCGUAUUUUGUUGCGUUUACAUACCCUGUGAUGGCCUGGCGUUCCGUCCAGGGCGUACUCCUCCUUGCCUAGCACCCAGCGAUUGCAGGACGGGCUUCGGGCCACCAUGACCCUGACCGCGACAAGUGGUUGAUGAAAGUGAGUGACUAUGAGUGAGUAUGUUUACAAAGUUGCCCCUGCUCUGGCAAUACGCUGUGCACUUGUGAACAGACCUGCACCAGGAGGUGACCACACAGCUGUCGCUGGAAACGCUGAUGAAGGAGCGGACUUUUUGUGCCUCUUUACCACAGAGCAUGUAGGUUUUCCUUUCCGAUUCCUGACUCCGAAGCCCUUCGAGCUGCGAGCGGCACUCAACUGGGGCUCUGCAGCUCGUUCCCUUUCAGAACGUACGUUCGGCUCACAUUCUCCAAGGCCGGGUGCCGUGGUUUCAAACUCAAAUGUGGUCGGUGCCUUUCUGGGAGGGGCCCUGCAGCCUCAACCCAGCAUGAACCCCUUGAGGAGCUGAGGUGCAGUGUGAGGAAUGUGGCCGACAGAGUGCCUUGGAAACACCGCGAGAACGGUAACUGCACGAAGACGACCGCUGGCAGGAUUCCCGCGUGAAGCGCCGUGUUACCCCCUGCAAGCUCUUGAUGUCUGGAGCUGCUGGCGUCUGCUCGCUUCGCCCACUACUGUGCAUCAUGCUCUUGCUUGAUACCACCCUGUCCAAGCUGCUCUCUCACUUUUUCAGUCCCACGGGUUGUGUGGUUUCCUUGACAACAGCUGUUGUUUCGUAGAACUGGGCUCUCGAACGCAGUAAGGUGCUCUUCUCCAUCCUUCCUCCUGGUCUCACUCCUCCAUCCUUCCUCCUGGUCUCACUCCUCCAUCCUUCCUCCUGGUCUCACUCCUCCAUCCCUCCUCCUGGUCUCACUCCUGGAUCCUUUCUUCUGAUCUCACUCCUGCGUCUCUCCUCCUCUGCAUCGCUCCUCCCAGUCUCACUCGUCCAUGGAACACCGCAUCUCUUUGGCAUUUCUGCUUAAGCGCUGUCUGUUGUCCUCCAUCUUUGCCUCCCUUCGACUCGCUCAGUCCACAGUGGUGAUGCGUUCCACUAGAAGAGGCUUUAGUAGGAAUUCCUCACGACAUGACAGAAGAUGCUCACGGCUACUUCCUUCGCCAAAGUUGGUGAGCGCUCCGCCCAAGGAGUAGCCUGUGGAAAGGGCGCUUUGCUACAGGACACUUUGAAUGCAGUAAGGACGACGCGGGAAGGUGGACGACAAGGUACCAGAGUCACGCAUCGAGUUCAACAGACUAAUUGAAUCAGAUUUAUAGUUUUAUCUGUUCUUCUCUGAUGUUAAUGAGUUGUUUGGAUAUGUUCUGGUAUCUUACAGGAACCUCUUUUGCACUUACAGCAUUUUUAUUUUGAAUGUAUUUAUACUUGUAUUUGUUGACCAACACUAUAUGACCAAAGAGGAGUUAAUGUGUAAGUGAGGCAUGAGGAGUACGAGGCGCGGGAACAAAGGGUUCUGUUUCCCCCAACCUUAACACAUCCUCGCACCCGAGUUACAUGCGUGGCGCUGUCCGUAUACACAAUCCAGACACCCAGCUGGACUCGAAUUGUGCCCUCUCAGCAUGCCCAACAGAAUUGUUUAAUUUUAACUUCUUAAAUUAUGGGCAAAAUGGAAAAAAGUACGUGCCAUACAGGUAGUAGUUUGAGCGCUGAAGAGAGCUGGGCCACAGUUUACAAAAAAUCACAUGUAUCAACGUGAACAAAAAUGACAGGUAGCAUCAUCUGUACGGCUUAAGACUGGGCAAAUAUCAGUAUUGAUAGAAGUCGUUGACGUGCACAGCUGCUUUGCAGAAGUGAAAACGAAUGACUGCAAUAGGCUGAAAGUGCUUUCAGGGAAACUGCUCCCGACUGUUGUUCUCUAACAGCCCUUUCUUUCUGCGAAUGUACAGUGAAAAUAAAAAGCUGCUUUAGAAUACUCCGGUACAACAUUUACAUUUAUUUA